AUUAAAUAGUCUGCCGCACCAUCCCAGCCAGAUUAGUGUCGCUUGACGAUCGCAAUGGAGCAGAAAGCCAAAUGGACACCAUUGGUCGUGUGGAGCACCGUGGGCAGCACCAUGGGCGCCGCUGUGCCCUGCGGCUACUGCAUGGCCAUCAUCAAUAAUCCGGCUGUGCACAUGCGCGCCUGGUGUGCAGAGACACUCCUGCUCAGGUACCAACUGGUGUUGACUCCUCGUCAACUGGAGACGCUGUGGGCACUGAUUGUGUCCAUCUAUUUGAUUGGCGGCAUCCUGGGCUCCGCCUGCGCCGGCUGGGCAGCCAAUCGCUUUGGGCGUCGCGGCUGUUUCCUGCUGAGCGGCUCGCUGCUGCUCCUCGCCGCGCUUGGCUUCGUUAGCUGCCGCUGGCUGCAGUCGGUGGAGCUGCUGCUGCUCUCUCGCUUCAUUGUGGGCUUCGGCGCCGGCCUGAUCACCACGGGCGUGCCCAUGUAUCAUACCGAGAUCGCCGCAACCUCUCAGCGUGGCGCACUGGGCUCCGCCUGCUCGGUGGGCUACUCCAGUGGCGUUGUUGUGGCUCAGAUUUGCAGCAUGGAAUCGCUGCUGGGCUCUGAAGACCAUUGGCAUCUGGCAUUGUCCUUCUACGUCGUCUUCAUGGCCAUUUGCUAUGCUCCGUAUCGGUUUUACGCCGAGAGUCCCAAGUGGUUGUUCAUCGUGAAGCGGCGGCAGGAGGAGGCGCUACAGAUGCUGGAGCGUCUACGUGGCGGAGACUCUGGGCUGGACCUGGAGCUGCAGUCCAUGGAGCAGGAGGCGGCGAGCAAGUACAGCACUCGCAGCCUAGGCGAUGUGCUCACGGACCCCAAACUGUUGAUGCCGCUGAUCUUGUUCUGCUCCUACCAAGCCGGACAACAGCUGACCGGCUGCUCCGCGAUCUUCUACUACUCCGUCUUCAUCUUUCGCAGCAGUGGCUCAUCCGCCAGCGUCGCUGAGCUGCUCAGCCUCUGCGCCGGCAAUGUCAACCUGGCCACGGCGCUGCUAGGUCCUUGGCUAAUGGCCCGCUUCAAUAGACGCACCCUGAUGCUGAUCUCCACCAGCUGUUGCGCGCUGCUCAUGUUUGGCUUCUGUUUGUGCGCCGAGUUUGGCCAUCUGCUUCCUUGGCUCAUUUAUGGCACAGUCGCCUGUCUUUUCCUUUAUCUCAUUGCCUUCCAGCUGGCUCUGGGUCCUAUGCCACCCUUUAUAGGCUCAGAGCUCUUUGAGGUGUCCUCACGCUCGGUGGCCAAUUCCCUGGGCAAUCAGGUGGGCUGGAGCUGCAAUUUCAUUGUUGGCUUCCUCUUUCCUGUGAUGCACUCGCUCAUUGGAUCUUGGAUCUUUCUGUGUUUCUCCAUAUUCGGCUGGCUGCUCUUUCUGCUCACCAAAUUCUAUUUGCCUGAGACGCGCGGAGUAGAGGUGUCUGUAGUCGCUAAACUGACUUCACAUGGCUUCAGAAGCAAGGUGCUCUAGUCAACUAAUUCACAUGUAACAUUUGUCUAGUCUAAGUUUGCGUGACUCUUUUUAUAAUAAACUGUAUCAUCUUGUA